GUGGCAAUUGCGUAUCGCGUCUACUCCUUAUCUAUUUCAUUAAAACCCAGACAAUUUGAAUUCUCGCAUCACCCAAUCAAAAUCGAGGCAAUCGUAAAACCGCAAAGCCCCGCGCAUUAUCACUGCACAUAAGACAUUUUUUCAAACUUAAGAUUUAAUCAUUCCGAAUAUCCCCUCCUCAAUUUACUCACACCACAAGAGACCGGGAUAACUCAGCACUUUUACAUGAAGCCAGUGUUGAUCCAACACUUUACGUAAACACCAGCCGUAACACCUCCUGCAGCAAUUACAGAAUUCAUCAUUAAAUGCUAUUAAUCUGAAGGUACAGUGAUUUAAGUGCUGCCAGAGUUAGUACGAUAUCCCUGUGAAGGAUGAUUGUGCCACUGAUAAAAAGGAGAACGUGCAGAUUAAUCUGCGGGAAGAUGAUGAGCUCAAGGGUAUCCAGAGUCUCCACCAAAGUCGAUCCAUCCCACCUGGAUAAACUCGAUGAUCCAUCCAAGGAAGUGACAAUUAAUUAUCUAGAUGGUAAAGACAAUGGAAUAGCAGUACUAGCUCUUAAUCGGCCAGCGGCUCGGAAUUCCUUCGGGCGAAAUCUCGUGAGUCUGUUAUCACAAUCUCUCCACAAGAUACGAGACGAUGAGAAGGUCAGGGUUCUGAUCCUGCGGAGUCUCGUACCCAAGAUUUUCUGCGCCGGAGCCGAUCUGAAGGAGCGAGGACAGAUGAGUGAAUUGGAAGUUGGAGAGUUUGUCAAUUCCCUCAGGAAUUUGAUGAGUGAAAUUGAAACGAUACCGAUACCAUCGAUUGCGGCGAUCGAUGGGGCUGCACUUGGAGGCGGUCUGGAGAUGGCUCUCGCUGCGGAUAUCAGGACUAGUGCUUCUGAAGCGAAAAUGGGACUCGUUGAGACGAAACUUGCUAUUAUACCUGGGGCUGGGGGUACUCAGAGACUUCCCAGGAUUGUGGGCACUGCCAAAGCCAAGGAGAUGAUCUUCGCUGCGAAAAUUCUCGAUGGAGAUGAGGCGGAGGACAUUGGACUCGUCAACAGAGCUGUACCUCAAAAUAGAGGAGGAGAUGCGGCAUAUCAGGCAGCCUUGGAAAUCGCUCGGGAAAUCCUUCCUAAUGGACCUGUUGGAGUCAAGAUGGCAAAGGUAGCGAUCACGAAAGGAAUCGAAGUGCAAAUCGACCAAGGAUUCGAGAUAGAGAAAGAAUGUUACUCAAAGAUACUUAAAACCAAGGACAGACUAGAAGGGCUGGCAGCAUUCACCGCAAAACGUGUGCCAAUAUAUCGUGGCAUGUAGUGGAAUAAUGAAUAAUUACUCUAGGCUCACUGUGAUAAUGUCAAGUUAAAUUCUGUGUAUAUUCCGUAAUAUAUCAACAUACAAUACAA